UUGAUCUAGCCGGGCUGCUUCCGCGUAUUCCGGGGAUGCUGCGCGCGCGCACGGAGGGUUGCGCUCCGCGGUCUCAUCUCGCAGUUUCGCAGCCUCCCUUUCGCGACCCGUAUCAGGUCUACCACGGUUCAACCGGAGGUGCGUGCCAGUAAAUUCCCGUAAUUUCGUCGUCCUGGACAGCCGGGACGAGGCACUCCGAUUGUUAUUGCUGAGAAUCCCGGACCCGAUUUUCGGGUCCGGUCUCCUUCGUCUGGGUCACCCUCGAUUCGGAUGCAUCGCUCUGCGUCGGAAAAUGGAAUCCUUAAUCGUAAUGCAUCAAGAUCUGCCAGAAAAAGGAGAAUGAACUUUUCACACGCAAAUAACAUUUACGAUGACCGUGCAAACAUCGAGAAGACAAAUAAUAAGAACGAAGAAAAGGGAGACAAGUAAAUAACAGAUAAAGAUUUCAACCUAAAAUUUUUUUUUCAACGAUGAUUUAUUAUUUGUCUUAAAUGUAUUAUCAGUAUAGCUGAAGGAAAAUAAGGGCCAAAAAUCGCGAAAGCAGCAUUUUCGACAAUGUAAAGAAAGGAUUGGGAUACAUUUAUCUCUUUAUAUCGCCUUGUUCUUAUAACACAGCGUUUGAUGAUAUCAUUGCUAUUCGAGGCGAAAUAAAAUGAGGAUGCGAUACGCUAGCCUGUCGUAAAGGCUACAGUCACAAAUGAAAUGACGUCUCGUUUGUGUUGUGUAACAACACUUAUACAUAUACAUAUUUACGAUACAUAUUAAUCGAACAAUUUGCAUCUCUCACGAUAGUUUCAUCUCCGAAACGAGAGAGAGAGAGAGACAGAAAUGAAAUCAUACGCGAUAAAUUGAUAUGAAAUUGAAAACAUUAAAAUUAAACGCAAUAAUAAUAUAAAAGAGGAAGAGAAAGAGAGAAAAAGAGAAGGCAUAAUGAUCGUUGAAUCAAGUAUACAACAUAGACCGGCCGAUUAGUUUCAUCCUUCUGAUCGAUACGGAAUUUGUUUAGCCGGUAAAUAUCCCGGUGAUGUAUCGUCAAGCACGAAUGAAAUGGCAGAAACGAUGGCACACAAUCGUACGAGGUACGCCAAAAGGACAGCUAGGAAGCUGAAUCUCACGUCGAUGACGUUCCUUCCUUCCACUGUGGUCGCGGCCGCGAUUAACGCCGAGACGACGAUACAUCCGAAUAAUCCGUCCACGGUAGCGACAGACGAUCCUGCAGCCACUGUCACUACCGUCAAAUCGCCCCAUCAUGUGCACAACGCGACGGAAUACCUAGCCGAGCAUGAUGAGCUUGAGCAUAGUGUCCUCGCCAACUUUUCGGACAUACAGACCGUUUUACUCGCAUGCAUAUCGACAUUAUUACCGCUGAUUAUCGCCUUGGGAAUUGCCUUUGGCGUCAGGCACGUGUGGCAAAAGUAUCGAAACGGCCGGGACAGCGGGCAUGUCUCAGUUUUCCCCAAAAAUCUACCUUGGAACAAGAGCGCAUGCAACCGUGAUAGCGCAGUCGAGUUCCAGCAUCAGCAUCCACAUUCCGGGAAUGUUCCCGUUCAGACUGCCACGAGGGUUCUCUCCGCGCAGGACUUGGUGGAUAGCUUAGAUGCGCCCCGAUAUAUAUGCGAAACGGAGGUGAUGGAAGACGUAAAUGUCGCCCCGGCAGCGGCGAUGAUGGAAUACACUACUUCUGGUAACCAUACUAGUAAAAAUGCAAACGGAAACAUCAUCACCCUUACGCUCAAGAAUAAUCAUCUUAUUGUAGAAACGGAGGAACGUGCGGUAACAAUGGAAGAUAAACCCACAUCGAGAUAUAAAGAUAGCGGAUGCUCAUUUGUAGUAGAGGUACAGCCGGAUUAUGAUAGAGAAGAGACGGAAGGUACCAAAGGAUCUUCCGACGACAUGACGGCUGGUAUCACCGAUCAACAGGCUCUGGUACAUAGAGAGGAGAUACCAGACGAUAGAUCUUCAGGUUUCGAAAAUACGCGAUUGUUCGGAAGCACAAAUACCGGUUUGUCACAAUCGGAUCUCUCGAUAUCCAGUCAAGGCUCGGCCAAUCCGAGUUAUCGCUAUGGCAAUCAGGUCGAAUACGAGUCUGGUAAUCUCGGUUAUCCUAUGUAUGGCGGUAGUUACGAGUCCGAUAUACUAUCGAGAAAGCUGGAGGGACGAUCCAAAUGGGUCGAAUUCGAUAAAUCGCCGGACAUAGAGAAGAUACUGUUGGAUGAUUCCAGAAAUUUGACCAGCGAGGAGGAUGAAGACAAGAGUCCGCAGUUUUUUGGAAAAUCCAAAAACAUGUCGUCCCUGCAAGACGUCGUGAGCGCAGCGAUACGCGAGGGCACGUUGGAGAUUGACAGUUUGCCAGACGCCGUGCGAUCGAAUCCGAAUCUUCAGGUGAACGGCACGACUCCCAACAAACUGGAAAUUAUGGAGCAGAAGGCUUUGAGCAACGAUUUCUCCGGCAAGACGGAGGGCAACAAGCCCGUGAUAACCGGCGCGCUACUGAAGGAUGAUGUUCAGGAGGACGCGUUCCAGGAACAGCAGCGUAAACUGGGUAACGGCACGCUAACGCCCGAACACAAGAACGACAACAGGAUGACGGAUCGCAAACCGGAAGGUAGCGUCUUCGUGCCGAGUCACAAGCGAGCGGGCAGCAUCCCGCCACGAUUGAUCGAGGAGACGCUCGAGCUGGAUCGUAAGAAAUCGCUCGACAUCUACAACAAGUACAGUCAAAUCAAAACGAGUACCAGGGGAAUGCUACCGAGCUUGAGUCCAAAGUUCGAGCUGCUACAGAACGAGGUGAGCCCGAUCGAGGAAAAGGAGAGUUAAUGGGCGCACGAAUAAGG